CGUUUCUCAAUAUUUCAGAUGAAAUUGGUCAACCCCCCACUGUGAGUGGAAAGGAUGCAGAUGGCAGUUAGCGUGUACUUGGCAUGUGGCAUGACGUCUGCACUUCUGCUCGCCUACAAGUUGGAAAAGAUUUACGGAAAUACAUUGAAUUGCAUUUUUACUAUUUACAAGAAUGAAAAGAAGAAGAUCGUGGCAUACAGUGUGCAAUGGUCCAAUACAUUGUAUGAAUUGUAUCUUAAAGCAAGAAGGGAUGUACCGUGGUGCUGGCGAUAUGCUUCUUGUUACACCUUUCUAUGUGAAUGGAUUACUACAGACCAGCACAGAGCACCCAGUUCCUUUUGUGUUUGGAUUGCUGGUGGGAUGGCAGGGGCGUUAUCCUGGGGGACAGCAACACCAAUGGAUGUAGUAAAAAGUCAUUUUCAGGCAGAUGGUGUUCAUUCUACUAAAUAUAAAGGGGUAGCAGACUGUAUUUCACAAAGUUACCAGAAUGAGGGUCUUAGGGCUCGCCUACAAGUUGGAAAAGGUUAUGGAAAUACAUUGAAUUGCAUUUUUACUAUUUGCAAGAAUGAAAAUGUCACCGGGUUCUUUAAAGGAAUGUCUUUCCCACUGGCCAGCAUUGCAGUCUACAACUCCGUGGUAUUUGGUGUCUUCAGUAACACUCUGAGACUACUGAGCCAGUACCGGGGUAAAAGCACUUGCCAGUCGUCGGACCUAUUUGACUUGACUGUUGCCAGCAUGUUAUCAGGGUCCCUUUCUGUAGGGAUAGGAGGACCUGUUGACUUGGUAAAGAUAAGACUGCAAAUACAAACCCAAGAAAUCAUUACAGGAAGAAGACCGUGGAAUACAGUGUACAAUGGUCCAAUACAUUGUAUGAAUUGUAUCUUAAAGCAAGAAGGCAUUGCAGGGAUGUACCGUGGUGCUGGCGCUAUGCUUCUUAGAGACAUUCCUGGUUACUGUUUAUACUUUAUCCCUUACACCUUUCUAUGUGAAUGGAUUACUUCAGACCAGCACAGAGCACCCAGUUCCUUUUGUGUUUGGAUUGCUGGUGGGAUGGCAGGGGCAUUAUCCUGGGGGACAGCAACACCAAUGGAUGUAAUAAAAAGUCGUCUUCAGGCAGAUGGUGUUCAUUCCGCUAAAUAUAAAGGGGUAGCAGACUGUAUUUCACAAAGUUACCAGAAUGAGGGUCUUAGGGUUUUUUUUAAGGGCAUCACUGUCAACACAGUAAGGGGAUUUCUAAUGAGUGCAGCCAUGUUUCUCACGUAUGAACUUUCACUUAAGGCUAUAAAAAGGACCAACAUGGAAUGAGAUCAUUAAACAACAGGUCUCUCUGAAAAAACUGUUCCUUUGUCGGAGAAGUGCGGGGACUAGAAUGGAAUGAGUUCUUUAAAAUGAGUGAUUCCAAACAAACUCAGAUAGUGAUCUACAAAAGGAAUUACUUGAGAGAUGGACCCAUUGAUCUCUGCACUUGGAUCCAAGACGAGCGGAGAAGAGUGAAGCCACAGGACAAAAAUGAGCUGCAUGAGGAUAUUUUUUUACUUCAAGUUCAAGGAAAGGACAAGGAAAUACUUUAUCACUAGGGGGUUCCAAAAUGGUAGGCACCCUGUUAAAGUUCCCCAAGUUUCCUUAGCACGGACUGAUACUUGCACAUGCACAAUGAAAUCAGAAUAGUUAACUUUAGUGCUGCAAACCAAAGCCAUAGAUGACGGGAAAUUAAUAUUGGCAUGGCACUGACAGUUUUUCCUGGUCUGGUCCUUUUCCGAAAAGCAGAACCUGUUUAGGUGGGGGGGGUACUAAACAACUAAACAUUUUUGCUUUUUCCUUGUCUUUUAACUCUUAAUAAAGUUACAACCAUUUUAA